UUCCCCUCGCCGUCGCAUUUCUCUAGCCCCUGUUCCCCGUUCUACUUCUUGCCACUAUUCUUGCUAUUUAUAUAUUCCUCCUACUCUCUGUCAAUGGAGCCAACGUACAUUCACUCAGUUGAAUGAGGUCUAUAACUCUCUCAGAAGAAAACCCAGAAACUGAAAAGUAAAGAAAGGGGAAGAACAGCCUUUUUCAUUGUAUAAAGAAAUCAAGGUCUCAGCUAGAGAUCCAUUCAGAACUAAAAUGGGGGUAUCAUUUUCAUGCCCACUUUCAACUUACAGUGACCUAGACAACAACCUGGAAUCUGUCAUUGUGAAGUCUAUCAGCUUUGGGGAUAAUGAGCUUAGGACGCCCGUGCGAUCCGUGAGCUUUAAAGGCCAAGAUUCAGAACCAACAAUAUUCCAAUCACUUGGUUCUGGGAAGAUGAUGAUGGAACAAGUUGUUAGCUUUACGACGAGUGAUAAUUUCGCAUUGUUCUGUGAUAAUAGUUAUAAAGCUCCUUGUGAGGAUAAGUUUAGCCAGUCUGUGACACUUUGUGGGGAGACUAAAACUAAUCCCAAACAUAAUGCAGCUUUAAAGUUGCAGAAAGUGUACAAAAGCUUCCGAACUCGAAGAAAGCUAGCUGAUUCUGCAGUGCUCAUUGAGCAAAGCUGGUGGAAGCUACUCGACUUUGCAGAACUAAAGCAUAGUUCGAUUUCAUUUUUCGAGAUUGAGAAGCACGAGACCGCCAUUUCUCGAUGGUCUAGAGCCAAGAAUCGAGCUGCCAAGGUAGGCAAAGGCUUGUCGAAAAAUGAGAAGGCUCAGAAACUUGCUUUACAGCAUUGGCUUGAAGCGAUUGAUCCGAGGCAUCGUUAUGGACACAACCUACAGUUUUACUAUGUUAAAUGGCUGGAUUCUGAAAGCAAUGAACCCUUCUUCUAUUGGCUAGAUUUAGGUGAGGGUAAGGAGGUCAAUCUUGUGGAUAAAUGUCCGAGAUGGAAACUUCAGGAUCAAUGCAUCAAGUACCUCGGGCCCAUGGAGAGAAAGGCUUAUGAAGUGUUAGUUGAAGAUGGGAAACUCUUGUACAAGCAAAGCGGGGAGCUUCUCAACACCGACGAUUUAGAUGGUGCGAAGUGGAUCUUUGUGCUCAGCACCUCGAAAGCGUUGUAUGUGGGAAAGAAAACGAAAGGCAAAUUUCAGCACUCGAGUUUCUUGGCCGGGGGAGCCACGCUGGCUGCUGGGAGGAUAGUUGUCCAAGAUGGAAUAUUGAAGGCUGUCUGGCCACACAGUGGACAUUAUAGACCCACGCCAGAAAAUUUCCAGGAUUUCAUUUCUUUUCUUGGGGAAUAUAGUGUUGAUGUGAGUGAUGUUAAGUUUGAUUGUGUUGACGAGGAAGAAUCUGGUGUAUACCCGAGAAGUAACUCAUCAGAAAAUGACCUUCCUGGGAAGGGCAACGAUACUAAAGACACGGGAGCUUCAGGGAUAAUCGAGUCGAAAGAAAACGAGAAUGUUUCUCCACUGCCACUGCUAAAGUCCAGACUAUACCUCAACUUCAGUGGCAAAUUGGCCAAUCUUGAAAUCCCCAGGAAUGACGAUUUCUUGGAGAGACUUAAGAGUGAAGUUGAAGUAUCAUCCCUUCCCGUUGAGCAACUAAACAAUGCUAAUUCUUGUGGAGAAGUUGAAACCGACAAAUGUGAAGAAGAAGAAGAAGGCAUAACGGAAGAAUCAAUCCUGGAGAGAAUAAACUCACACAAUAAGGCGAAAUCGUAUCAGUUAGGGGAGCAAUUAUCGUGCAGAUGGAGUAGUGGGGCAGGACCCCGGAUUGGUUGCCUGAGAGAUUAUCCGUCUCAGCUGCAAUCCCACGCUUUAGGACAAGUAAGCUUGUCGCCUAGAAGCACUUGGCGUUUACGCCUCAACUCCUCCCCUUCAAGGGCAUAUACCCCUCCUAUGAGCUUGAGCAGACUAACACUCAUGCCUUGUAGCCUAUCUCCCUUGCCAAAAAUGGAUCUUUCUCAGAUAAUGAGUCUCCAUUCUAGAUGGCCUUCCUCUCCAUCAUGUAAAGGGAUUGCAGUAAUUUAACAAAUCACUUGUUUAUUCUUUAACAUUUUUUCAUAGGAAAUUCUUUCACAGUUUUGUAUACAAUUCAGUAGCAUAUAUUCUUGUACAAUUUUAUUUUUUUUUUUCCUUUUGGUAGUUUUAGUACCCAUGUAAUGUGGUGAUAAAUGGAAAAUCCAUUCUUUGUGGCUUUUGCAGAG